GAGCUCAUCAUCGCUAAAACAACAACAACACUUCACCUUCUUUCUUCCUUUGCAGUCGAGAGAGAAGAAAAAAAUGCAGGAGCGCGUUUGAGUCGGUUCCGGAGCGCGUCCGCCGCCAUGUAGCGAAACCGUCGAUCGUCGGCAGGAUGAAAGUUUGAGACGGGAACGGAAAGCGCGUGCUGUUUUCUUUGGUCGGGAGGAGGGAAAAACAUGGCUGUGCGCGAGGAAGGCGAGGUUCCGCACGGUAAAGUCAGGCACGACGGCGGCGCGGAGAGCUUCAGGAACGGCUACGUGAAGAGCUGCGUCACGCCGCUUAAGCAGGACCCGCCGCGGGGGCUUUUCUAUAGCGCGUGCCGCGCGUGCAGCGACUCGGACUCCAGCUCCACCGGGGUUGCGCGCGCCUCCGCCGCCUACGCGGGAGCUUUCGCGGCGCUCGCGGCGUCAUUCUUCCUCUCGCGCCGCUUCCAAAGCGUCGAGUUGCGCGCGCUGCUGUCGGACGUCGCGAGCUCUCUGAGCCCGUUGUUCAGCAUCGGGUGCGCGCACUUCUUCCUCACCUUCUACCUGCGCCGGCGGAAGCGCGAGAGCAGUCGCGGCUGGCUCGUGGCCCUGCCGGUCUCGUGCUACCUGGGGGACUUCGCGGCGCUGCGCUUCCUGCAGUGGGGCUCCGGAGAGCAGGACGACUCCGCCGCUGCCUCGCAUCACGUGCACACGGCGGGCCGCCUGCUGUUUGUGCUCGGUUGCGUGGGCCUGCUCACACUGCUACCGACUCUCAAACUCCGGCACAGCGUGCUCGUGCUGCUUUUCGCCAGCGGCGCGUGGCUGCUCGCGCACACCGGCCUGAGCUGCGUGGCAUCGUGGCUCAGGCCGCUGAUCGCGUGCGCUGCCGCUGUCACAGGCUCUGUGCUCGGCCUCGGGUUCGACCGCUUAUAUCCGCCGAGGGAAACGGCGCACCGGACAUCCGAGGAGCGCGUGCCAGUGGUGAGGCCGCGGCGGAGAUCCAGCUGUGUGUCGCUCGGAGAAACUUCCAGUAGCUACUAUGGCAGCUGGAAAAUGCCGCGCAGACCGUCAUUACCGUGCAUCUCCCGAGAGCAGAUGAUCCUGUGGGACUGGGACCUGAAACAGUGGUCUAAACCCCAGUAUCAGGGUUCAGUGUGUGGGGCAGAUCUCUCUGUGAUUAGUGAUGUGAGGAAUCUGAUCUCAGACCUGCUGCAGGACUCGUCUCUCUCUCCACAUGUUGUGUCGUCAUUGCGCAGCGUCAGCAGUUUGAUCAGCAGCUUCUCGGGCUCCUUCCGGCCGCGUCCCAAUCCGUUCACACCGUUCCCAGGGUUCUACCCCUGUGCUGAGGCAGAGGAUCAGAGUGACCGAGCUGAGAGAAAGCCUGUAAAGGGCCUGAGUAGUAGGAACAGUCUGCCGACUCCUCAACUGAGACGGAGCUCUGCGUCCUCGUCCGUCUCUCCUCUGGAGACGCUCUCGUCCCCUCGCUGGGAGCGCAGUAAUGGAAAAAGAUCUCACGCUGAGCUUAGUGCCAGCAGUCAGGGAUCAUUCUCCAACGGGCCAAACAGCAACCUGCUGACCAUCCCAAAGCAGAGAUCCUCCUCUGUUACGCUGUCCUACGGUCACACCAUGCCCAGAAGACCAGGUGCGUCUCCGAGUCUGAGUCCACUCAAUUCUCCGAGUCACGGUCCCCCGUCAUGUCCGAGCUCAUCGCUGAUCACUCGGUCUCCGGUGGAGUUUCCCGACACGGCCGACAUCCUCACCAAGCCCAGCGUAAACCUGCACAAAGCACCGGGGUUUUCGCUCAGCUCACUCUGCACCAGUUGUGGGCGACAGAUACUGAAGAGCGGCUAUAAUGCUGAGGUGGGUGACGGUCACAUGACCCCGGGGCCUGACAUGCAGAGAAGGAUAUCAGCUGAGGCGACGGAAUACAGUAGCGAUGGGCUGAUCAGGGAGGAGAGUGGGGAAGUGGAUGCUCAGGGAGAGGAAGCAGGACUGACCGCCAAAGAACGAGCUCAGCGUGAGGAAGAGGAGGAGGAAGAGCAAAGAUCGGGUGUGCAGGAGACUCCACCUCGUCCUGAGGAAUUCAAGUUAGAUCCCCUGCUUGAGGACCAGGAAGCUCUGUUGGAGAAGCUGAACAACUGGAACUUCCAGAUCUUUGACCUGAUGGAAAGGACGGGAGGGAAGUCGGGACGGAUCCUCAGCUAUGUGGCCUACACUUUGUUCCAGGACACGGGUCUGUUUGAAAUCUUCAAAAUCCCCGUCCGGAAGUUCAUGACGUACUUCUGCGCUCUGGAGAACGGUUACCGAGAUAUACCCUAUCACAAUCGUGUCCAUGCCACAGAUGUCCUUCACGCUGUGUGGUAUCUCACCACCAGACCCAUCCCAGGCUUCCAGCAGAUCCAUAAUGAACAUGUGACAGGAAGUGACACAGACUCAGACAGUGGUAUCUCUCCUGGACGGAUUUCUUAUGCUUUGUCCAAAAGCUCCUCCAUCUCGGAUAAUAGUUACGGCUGCUUGGCCUGGAACGUCCCUGCCCUCGAGCUCAUGGCACUAUAUGUAGCAGCUGCUAUGCACGACUACGAUCACCCAGGUCGCACAAACGCCUUUCUUGUAGCUACUAAUGCCCCUCAGGCGGUGCUGUACAACGAUCGCUCGGUUCUGGAGAACCACCAUGCUGCCGCAGCAUGGAGCCUUUUCCUGUCUCAGCCCGAGUUUAACUUCCUGUCCAACCUGGACCAUGUUGAAUUCAAGCGUUUUCGCUUUCUUGUUAUCGAGGCCAUCCUCGCCACAGACCUGAAGAAGCACUUUGAUUUCUUAGCAGAGUUUAACUCCAAGGUUACAGAUGUGAAUAGCCCAGGUAUCGACUGGACCAGUGAGAACGACAGGUUGCUGGUAUGCCAAGUGUGCAUCAAGCUGGCUGAUAUUAACGGUCCGGCAAAAGAGCGCAGACUUCACUUGAAAUGGACAGAGGGCAUCGUGAAUGAGUUUUAUGAACAGGGAGAUGAGGAGGCUCGCCUCGGAUUACCCAUCAGCCCUUUCAUGGACCGCUCGGCGCCACAGCUGGCCAAGCUGCAGGAGUCCUUUAUCACGCACAUCGUCGGGCCACUGUGCAACUCAUACGACGCUGCUGGCCUCCUCCCAGGUUACUGGGUUGAUGAGGAAGAGGUGGAUGAUGAAGAUGGAGAGGAGGAUGACGCUGAAGACACAGAGACUGACGAUGAAGAUCUUGAUGAAGAGCUUCAGUUAAAGCCGAGGAAAAGCCGUCAGCGUCUGUUCUGCAGCAUUAUGCAGCACCUGACUGACAACCACACGGCGUGGAAGCAGAUCAUCGAGGAAGAGGAGAAGAACUGUGACCUGGGCCUUCAUCAGCAGCAAGAGCAGCAGCAGGCAGAUGCGUUGAGCCUUCCGCCUCCCUCCUCAACCUCAGAUGACAUUCAGGUCAUUGAGGAGGAAACCGAAGAGGAGGAGCGGCAGCAGGAGGGGGAUUGAGUUGAGCCAAUUGGCUAAGAAAAAACUAGGGGAGGGGCCUGAAGCAAAGAACUGACUCUUUGCUCUGUCCUCUCCUCCAUCAGAACACAGACACGUGGUCUGAAUCAACACCAGAAGAUUCUGCCAGAUCUCCCGUACUGAAAUGAAUCACUGUGACGCAAACGCAGUUCACAUGGUGUUAAAGAAGAAAAAAAAAUUUUAAAAAAAAGGCCUUACUACUGUGAGAGCAUCCUAUGCACUUUCACCCCAUGGAGGAUGAGGAAAAGAGUUGAAAAAAUACAGAACGAAAUAAUGAACGAAACUCUCCAUGGUUAUUUGGCUGUGAUGCUGCCUUGAAAGCAGAGCUCUUAACUCUCCUGUAGGUACUUAUUACAAUUAUUUAAAAAAAACAACAACAAAAAAAACAGAACGGCAGAAGACUUUUAAGUCAUUACUUGUUACCAAAGCGAACAGUUAAAAAUAAAUGAGGCUGAGGCUAUAUCAGGCUCAGUGUCAGGAAUACUCGAGAAGCAUAAUCAAAUGUGCCUGUCUGAACCUUUUUUGGGGUUUUUUUUUUGUUCCCCCGCGUGGUCCUGGUGAUGGACUCCGACCCUCAGCACGACACGUGCAGUUUUCCUCCUCAUGCUGGUGACACGAAAACACUGUAUCAUUGAACUCAGCCACUAGGACUUUAAUAUGGAAACGCUGACAUUUUGACUGAAAAAAACAAACACGAAUAUUUACGUCUGCAUCAUUUUCAGAUGCUUUUUUUUCCCACUCACCUGCCUUUAGUUUUAGUUUCCUUUGUUAUAUAUGUUUGUGUGUUCAUGAGGUUUGUUUUUUUUUUUCUUUCCUCCUCAGGAAUGCAAAGUUGCCAUUUGUUUUUCUGCUUGUAAACUGUUAAAAGCAUUAAGUGUGGAACAGAGAAGAAACACUGUUCUAAUGAAGGGAUCUUACUGCUAUUAUUUCUAUUAUAAGUAAAAAUCACUCUCUCUCUCUCUCACACACACACACAUGCACACACUCAGUAUUUGAGCAUUGUCAGAGUUACUGUAAUUUUAACUGUCUACCACGGAAAUUAAAUAUUGAAUAUGUGCUCUGCAUAAUAUUGAAUAUUAAAGUGCAGACUUUGAGAGGAAUUUAAGUUGGCUGGAUGGUGUAGGAAUUCUAUCGCUUUUUAUAGGAGCAAAGAAUUAGAUGAAUUGGACAAACUCGUAAAUUAAAUUGUCAUUUUUAAUACUUGGUUAUGAAUCCUUUGGUGUGAAUGACUUCCUGAAAUCUGGGACUCAUAGACGUCACCUGGUGCUGGGUUUCUUCCCUGGUGAUGAUCUGCCAGGUCUGCUGCAUCCGUCUUCACUUCCUGUUUGUUCUGAAAUGCAGCUCAAUCGGAUUCAGGUCAGGUGAUCGACUUGACCGCUGCAGAGCGUUCCACUUCUUCUUUGCCUUAGAAAGCUUUGGGUUGCUUUUGGAGUGUCCUUCAGGUCAUUUUCCAUCUGCAGAGUGAAGCUCCAUCCAUUGAGUUUUGAAGCAUUUAGCUAAAUGUGGGCAGAUAAUAUAUCUCUGUGUACUUCAGAGUUCAUCCUGCUGCUUAUGUCAUGUCAUAUCAGUAUAUACAAGUGAGCUGGUGUACUCCAAAUGCACACUUGAAAUCAACUCUAGACCUUUUCUCUGCUUACUGGUAAGUGAAAUACGGAGGGAAUAACUGUCCAAUUACUUUUGGGGGACCACAUAUUAAAAAGUACUGUAAUCCCUAUGGUGUUCACCUGAUUUGGAUGUAAAUUAAAGCUGGAAGUCUGUAUUUUGAGCUCAUAUUUAUUGUUUAAUUUCUGUACUGUGGUAGACAUCUAAAAUAAUAACUUUGUUAAUGUCCAAAUACUUAAGGACUUUACUGUAUAUGACACACACACACACAUUUUUUUCUUCACGGUUUCUCAGGAUUCAUGCAGACUGAUCGUCCUGUUUGGACAGUUUAAAGUUUAAAGGAAAUCAUUUCAGACGCUUUGUGAGAAGAUCAGACAAUUUUCAGUUCAGAUGUUGGGAAAAACGGGCAUUUGAGGCUUUGUUUUGGUGUUCAGUCCCCAGCUCAGCUGAAGUUCAGUCAGAUAAAAGUCUCAGCUCCCCGAACCCGAAGUAUUAUUGUCUGUUUUGAUACAAAACGGAGUUGGAGAAUGUAAUGAAUAUUUUUGAUGUACGUAAUAGGCAAGUUCCUAUUUUAUUUGAACCAUACACGUUCUUUUGUUAAAUCACACCGCGUACACAUACUUUUUUUUUUUUUUUUUUUUAAGUAAUCUUUGCCAAACAUGCAAGCAGGCCAGUGCAUCAAUUUGAAGUGAUCCAGGGUUUCACCUCAAAAAGAAAAGCUGUACACUUUUUUAUAUUUUCAUAUCCUUCACCAUAAGGCAGGUUUAAUACUAAUAGCUCUAUAUAUUUUUCUCUAAAGCGAGAACUCUAGGCAUUCCACUAGAAUAAAGAACAGGAAGGGGAGACUGACAUGCUGCUCUCCUCAUUGCAUUUUGUUUGGAGAGGAAAGUUCUCAAGUAGGCAGUGUACAUCAAGCUAUAUUUAAAGAAAAGAGAAACUAAAAAAAAAAGAGAGAAACGACCUAUAAAUGUGCACAUUUUACUACCAAACAAGUGUUUAAUCUCUGCACAGAAAGAGUAUCUGCGUAUAUAAAUAUAUAUAAAAUAUAUUAUAUAUUUUUUAAUUAAUCAACUGAAUGCGUCUGUUUUAUACAUACAGCUGACAUUGUACAUUAAGAAUCUGUAAUUAUCAUCCUGUUUCCAGAGUUUUUAAUCUAAUACUAUUUACAGAUGUGGAUAUGUUUGGGUGUGGUGUUACUAUUUUAAUAAUAAUUUGGGGUGCGUUGUCUUUGUGUUUCUGUGCAUAACCACUCUGCUGAGAACCUUUUUCCCUCUAAAGCUGGAUGCUGUGAGUCAGCUAGCUGCAGUGCCAAACGCCCCCUCGUCUCCUCGCUCAUAUCUUCUCUUUCACUCAUAUAUUCUCUCUCGCUCACAGUCUCUCUCUCAUAGUCUCUCUCUCUCUCUCUCUCUCAUAUUCUCUUUCUCAUAGUCUCUCUCGCUCAUAUAUUCUCUUUCUCAUAGUCUCUCGCUCACAGUCUCUCUCUCAUAGUCUCUCUUUCUCAUAUUCUCUCGUAUUCUCUCUCUUAGUGUCUCUCUCUCUCAGUCUCUAUUCUCGUUCUCAUAGUCUCUCUCUUAUAUUCUCUCUCUCGUAAUCUCUCUCAUAGUCUCUCUCCAUCAUAUUCUCUCUCUCUCUCAUAGUCUCUAUCUCUCUCCAUCAUAUUCUCUCUCUCUCUCUCUCUCUCUCUCUCUCUCUCUCUCUCUCUCAUAUUCUCUGCACCUUCCACUGCCAGUCGCUUUAUCAUGCACUUUGGCCUUCAUUAGUUUUGGGAGUUGAGGAUUGCUAUCAAUCAACCAUAUUGCCUCUGGUUAUUUCUUUCUUUCUUACUUCUUUUCUUCCUUCCUUCAUUCUUACCUACCUAUUUUUUUUCCUGUACGUCUGUCAUCACCAGGAAUCCAGCAUCUUCAUUUCACUUCAGUAAUUUGUACUGCUUCUCUUCCCUGUCAGAAAUUCCAUUACAUUUUUCUCCUUUUUUUCCCCACUGCAAUGCCCUCCACCCUUCUUCUUCUUGUCCUCCUUACAUUUAAAACACUUUUUAUGUAGCAAGUAAAAUAGCAGUGUCUGAUGUAACCAUUUCAGUCUUUUCAACUUUGUGGGGGCGGGAAACUGCCCCCCCCCCCUGUUAUUUAUAUCUGUCCAUAAAGAAUACCAUCCCUGAAAAUA